AUGUUGAAUCGGAUUAAUUAUGGUUUAAAAACACAAAUAAUGAUAACGGAAAGGUGUGUUUAUCAUGAGAGGACGGGAAACGUAGUUGAAAAUGUUGCAAGUCAAACGUAUAGUCUUAACCUGUCACCUACAACGGAGCAAAGUAUCUCUACUUCUACUUCUCGUAUAAAAUUAACUGACCUUUCAACUGAAUCUAAAGAUGUAUCGGGGAAGAUUAUUGGAUUAUCUAUUGGAUUACCUGUUGGGAUAUUUUGCUUCAGUUUAUUGAUAUUCUUAGUAUAUUUUUAUUUUAUUAAGAAUUCUAUUUUAUUGUCAGUACAACCAGUGUCACCGUCAGAAUCAAUAAAAGAACCAGCCAACACAUGGUUUGAUAAACUUUUUAACCUUAAUUGUAUUCAUAGAAGAAAAGACAAUAAUGACAUUGAAAAGAAGUAUAGGAUAAGUCCUUAUAAAUCUUCAAAUUAUCAUGUAAGCGAAUCCCAGAUUCAGUAUAAAAUUGGAAUAGACCCAUAUAAUUGCAAACAAUAUGUAAGUUGUCAUGUACAAACACCAAAAGAUGUACACAGUAAGUAUCCAAGAGAGAAACUGCAACUACUCGACAAGUUAUCCUGCAAUUAUGUUUCUAAACCUCAUUUUCCUCUUACUGGUAAUGUUGAGUUUACUAUAAACAAAAGAAAUGAAGGAAACGAUUAUGAUCAUGAUUGUAAAUACCCUAAUGUAUCUUUCUGUGAGGAGGAUAAAGAUACAGAGAAUUUUACUUCAAAACUAGUCGAUAACUCAUUUCUAGACAAAGAAACUCACAGAAGUUCAGUAUACCAAAAGAUUAAUAAUUUACUUCCAAGACUAACACCAACAAUUCAAUUAAAGAACCUUAAGAUACUUAGUCGAAUUGACAAAAAUUAUGUUCAUGAACCUGUUGGGUUUGAAAAUGAGAGAUCUCCAAUGUUGAAUAAGCCUCGUUCCAUCUAUUCUCAUAAUGUGAAUGUAUUUAACUUAUCUAAUUCGAAUGCAGAGUUAUGUGGUUCUUCUUCAUCGACUGGGGAUACUAUUUCAGAAAAGAUACCAAUUCAAGGAAAGUAUGCACUAACUAAUUAUCCAAUUAAAAAACAAGUUUUAGACAGUAAUCGAAUUGAUGCAAACUCCAAAAUUGUUAUUGAACCAGUUCCUCUAAAAAGGACUAACUUCAAAAAGGCAAAUAUUAAAGCUGAAAGUUACGAAAAAGAACUACCUGAGAUACCUUAUCACAUGCUUUUAGAUAAAGAAAAGAGCAAGGGUAAUAAUCAAUUUAAUACGGUACUAAAAGUAGGUAGAGUAUAUCCAGUUGUGCGACCAUAUAAUCCUCGGUUAAUAGAUGAAAUUUCAUUAUCUAUGGGGGAAUAUGUGAGGGUUCUUGUGGUUUAUGAAGAUAAUAAAUGGUGUUUAGUGGAAAAAUGUACUAUAGACGGCACAUCUAAAUCAUUAAUCAAUUUUGGUAAUCAAAUGAGAAAUGAUAGAAAAUACUUAAAUGAUGAUAGAGGGAUAAUACCAACUGAAUCUAUUUUGAAAAAAUAA